CGCGGCGCAGGCUCUAAUCAAAUGCAGGCUAUUAAUAAAGUCCUGAGUAAUGAGUGGUCUGGGCCGGAGCAGGCCGGGCGGCCGGAGCCGGGCGGGACGGGCGGAGCCGUCUCCACAGGGCCUGUGGACAGGGGUGGCUAUGGGCUCCUGCCCCGAAGAGCAGUACUGGGACCCUCUCCUGAGCACCUGCAUCUCCUGCAAACCCAUCUGCAGCCACCGGAGCCAGCGCACCUGUGCAGCCUUCUGCAAGUCACUGAGUUGCCGCAAGGAGCAAGGCAAGUACUACGACCAUCUCCUGAGGGACUGCAUCAGCUGCGCCCCCAUCUGCGGACAGCAUCCCAAGCCGUGCACAUAUUUCUGUGAGAACAAGCUCAGGAGCAGAGUUAACUUCCCAGCAGAGCCCAGGAGACAGCAGAGUGGGGAAGUCGAAAGCAGGCCAGACAACGUAGGAAGGUACCAGGGAUCGGAGCACAGAGGCUCAGAGUCAGGUCCAGCACCGGGGCCCAGGCUGAGCGCCGAGCAGCUGGCGCUGGUGUACAGCACGCUGGGACUGUGCCUCUGCGCCGUGCUCUGCUGCUUCCUCGUGCUGGUGACCUGCGUCCUCAAGAGGAAGGGCGACCAGCUCUCCUGCCGGCCCCCCGCAGGGCCGUGUGGACGCCGGGCCAAGUGCCCCCAGGACCCCGCGAUGGAGGCCAGCAGCGUCGUGGCACCGCCAGAGCCGGUGGAGACGUGCAGCUUCUGCUUCCCCGAGCGGAGGGCACCCACCCAGGAAAGCGCCGGCUCGCCCGGGACCCCACGCCUCGCGGGCGCUGAGAGGUGGGGGCGCUGCGCAGGGACCGCAGCCCUGCAUCCCUGCACAGGCGCCCCGGACGGCCUCGGCGUGGUGUGUGCGCCUGCCCAGGAGGGGGGCCCGGGCGCGUGAAGCUGGGGUGGGGGUGCUGAAAGGUGAAAGGGGGACAAGGAAGGGGCUGGGGUAAGAGGCCAGCCACCACCCCUCCCAGCUCCCGGAACUGCUGUGGGCCAUUGCCUGGACAACCUUGCAGUAGUCUCCUGUGCCCGCUGGCCACUCCCCCAGCAAGCCCCGCUCCUGUGAAAUAAAGCCUUCCACAU